UCCUCACCUAGUACCUGCCUCUGCCCCAACUUGUCUUCUCUUCUCUUCUCCAUGAUGUCUUCGUCUUCGUCGGAGCAGUGCGACGUCAUCAGCCUGCCGGAGGACCAGGUGUUCGAGAUGCUCACACGCGUCUCGCUCGACGACCUCGCCGCCUGCCGCCAGGUCUCCACCCGCUGGCGCCGCCUCACCUACGAGCCCGCCUUCGCGCCGCUCCACUGCCGCCGCGCCGACGCCGUCUCCGGCUACCUCGUCCAGACCGUCGCGCGCAACCGCUACCACGCCACCUUCGUCUCCUCCAUGCACCCCUCGCCGCCGCCGGCCGACCUCGUGUCCCUCGACUUCCUCCCCUCCCCGCACGUCCGCGUCGAGGCCGUCUCGCCGCACCGGGGGCUCGUCUGCUGCGUCGACGCCGACGCCGACGCCGCCACGCCGCGCAAGCCGGCGUCGUCCUACUACGUCUGCAAGCCGGCGACUAGGCAGUGGCGCGCGCUGCCUAACCCGAGGUUGCGCUACCGCACGGCCGCCACCGCGAUGCUGGCGCGCCCCGGCGGCGGCGGCGGUGGCGCGGCGGACUUCAAGAUCGUCCGCUUCUCCGUCCCCACGCUCAGGAACUGCCUCCGCUGCGAGGUGUUCGACUCGCGGGGGAUGGCGUGGCGGCGGUCGGCGGACGUCGCGGUGUGGCCGGAGUCGCUCGUGGAGGCCGCCCCGGCGGUGAGGGCGCACGGCGCCAUGCACUGGCUCCGGUGGCCCGACAGGCUGAGCGGCGGCGCCGAGGACAUCUUCGCGUUCGACGUGAAGACCGAGACGUGGCGCCUCAUCGGCCUGCCGCCGGAGGCCACCACCGAGAAGAGGUGGGCGCGGAAGAAGGUGGCGGCGGUGGAGGGGAAGCUGUGCCUGGUGGUGGUGGUCGACGAGGAGGUCGAGGUCUGGGUGCUGGCCGGCUACAGGCAGGAGAGGUGGGAGAAGAAGAUGACGGCGAGCUUGACGAGGCUGGCAAUGGAGGAAGGCAACUCAUUCAUACUCAGAGAUCUCUACGCAUCUGACGUUGCAUUCUUCAACAGCGUCUACAGAGUGCUGUGGUAA